AAGGUUUUUGAAGGACUUAUUCACCCUGAAACAAACAGGAUAGGGCUUUUGGACCUCGAAUGUGCUGAUAAUAGAUUCAGGCCAAACAGCUGCGUCCAGAUAGGGAAUUUCAACCUCCAAGGUUGGAUAAAAUGCCAGGUUAGGCUCCGGAUUUCCUGGUUAGAUCGAUUAUUUUUAAACCGGUUCAGUAAACUACCGGCAGUGUUACGGAACCAAAGCCGUGGCAUCUACGUGCUAUGUAUUUUGUUGCAUUGA